GUUCAGAAGGAAAAAUCAAAUCAACAGCACCUUUCCAGAGAAUUUUAUUUUUUGUUUCCAAGAAAAUUCUUUCUUAUUCUGUUCGGAGGAACAUUUUGAAAUAUUUAAAACGUCAACGAGGUAUUAAUCAAAUCGGGAAACAACAACGCAAGUAUUUUCCUUUCAUUACAGAAUGUACUCAAAAAAAUAUGCAGUCAUGGAAAAAGAAGAAUUUUUGUGUACAUAAAGGGCUCCAUUUAGCAUAGUAAAAAUAGCGCUACAUUUAUUCCCCUUACAGAGGAAGAUAUAACCCCCUUUUUAUGAUUACAAAUAAUUUCACCAAAAGGGAAAAUAAAUAGCAGGCUGAUUCUAUACCGUUUGAGCACAUUUAGAAUGCGCCAAGUUGCCCAGGGUACUAUGUAAGAUAAAUGAUAUUUAUGUAAAAUGCAGUUAAAAUAAAAUAUAGGGUGAGAGAGCAAAGAUUAGCAAAAAAAAAAGUGGCACAAAAAAAAAAAAAAAAAACAGGUAUUGGCGAAAAAUAACGAAUAAGGAAAGACAAACCAUAUUGAGUAAGGCACAACGCGAAAUUUUCACAUACCUGAUCGCUUAAGUAAAUAAAAAUGUUGAACAGAACACGGAGGAUAUUUUUCAGCACAGCAAAAAGCAGCAACUUGUACUUAACCAUAUCUUCGUCUAGUGAAUCCAUAUUCAGAAAUCAAGUAAUUAAAAGGGCUUCUUUUCCAGGAAUUGAAGGAUAUUUCACCAUAACAAAUAACCACAGCCCCCUAGUUACGUUAUUAAGAAAUGGAAUAAUUACUGUCGAAUUUGACGAGAAGGAAAAGAAACAGUUUUUUAUAUCAGAUGGCAUAUUUAUAUAUAAAAAAAGUAAUGACAACAACAACAGCAACAAUGCUGAAAUUGUGGGGGUUGAAAUUGUGCCCCUAGAAUAUUUAGACAAAAAUAAAACAGUUAAGGUUUUGCAGCAGAUGUGCGCAGUAAAUGAUGCUACCGAUGACAAGUGGAGAAAAAUCAAGACCAUGUUGGGGUAA